CUGUCCCUACGGCAAACAGUUUUGAAAAUCGACAGAAGUCACAACGGUCUCUUUCAACCCUGCUGGUUGGGGUUUAAAAGUUAGACAUCUACGAUAGUUACAAUCAUAGCAGUUAAUUUAUAUUUCGAAGUCAUUGGCGAACUUUUAGAAGAUGAUUCUACACAGUAAGAUGGAGAGGAUGAUGUUUAUCUCCGGGAUGAUCUUAUUUCUCGUGUUUCAAUGUACCAAUGUCUGUGGACGAUCUUUGGAUUCACAGUUGAUGUCAAGUGACGAUGCCAAGUAUUAUAUGGAUGCCUUUUCUUCGCCAGAAACGCAUGAAUUUGAAGUCGUCAGUCCAUGGGAAGUUGAACACUCCAGGAGAAAACGGGAGGCAGAUAACCCGUUCGACAUUUCUGAGUUUAAGUUCAACGCUUUUGGUGAGGAAUAUCACCUGCAGCUUACAGCCAAUCGUCAACUUACGCGCAAGGGACUAAAAGUGGAGUACGUGGAUGCAAAUGGCAAUGUUGAAGAGCGACCUCUACCUGAAGACCAUAAAAAUUGCUACAAAAUUGGCAGGGUGUUAUCGCAUGAGGGCGCUAGUCGAGUGGCCAUCAGCACUUGUAACAAUGGCCUGUCUGGGAUUGUCAAGUUGGAAGGCUAUGAACUGUUCAUCCAGAAACUCAGUGACAAUCACACUGAAUCCGUCCGAAGAAAAAGACGUGACCUGGAUAAUCCCCACAUUGUCUACCGGCGAUCAGCGGAUGAUGAAGUCGUUGAGGAUACCGAGGAUGCAGACAAUGGGACAGACACACACUUUUGUGGUUUGGAACGUGGGUACUACCAUUACCUAGAGACAAGCAUGGACGUGGAACUCCCUGAUGAAGAUGGUGAUGAAGUAAGGAGAAGGAAGAGAGAUGUGGGAUGUAAUAAUGGAGUUCCAGUUGGAUCAAGGACUCUGGAACUAUUUGUUGUCAUUGAUGCUGAGAUGGACAGAUAUCACUCCAUUAGAGGACGUAAUUCUACACAGAUAACUUUGACACUCUUCAACAUGGUUGCUAGUAGCUACUUACAUGAAUCUCUUGGAGUUCCUGUCAACAUAAAGAUUGUUAGGCUACAGGUCCUUCAAAAUACAAGUCUGGAUUAUGGAACAGGUACAUUGACUGUGACUGCAGAAGGAGGAGACACUUUAAGUAGUUUCUGCCGUUACCAAAGGGCCAUGAACAGUUUUGAUGAGAACAGUUUAAAUCACUUUGACACUGCAGUUCUAAUCUCCAGAUAUGACCUGACUCUACAAGGCAGCAGGUCUCUGCUUGGUAUCGCUCAAUUUAACGGAGCAUGUAGCCGUGAUUACGCAUGUGCAUAUGUGGAGGAAUCUGGCUUUGGUUCAGGCGUAGUCAUUACCCAUGAGCUAGGACACAACCUCGGUAUGGAACAUGAUGGUGAUGGACGGUUCUCAGAAGUUGCUGCCUCUUGUCAGAAUGGAGUCAACAUCAUGUCAUCUUCCAGGACGUAUGGACCAGGGUCCUUCAUCUGGUCCUCAUGCAGCAAAGUUCAGCUGGAAAAUUUUGUGUGCCAUCCUUUCAAGACAUGUUUGGACGACAGUUCUCCUAGCAACACUCCUAUUCCUUUGGAUCCACUUGAUAUGCCUGGUGUCAGGUAUACUGCAGAUCAGCAAUGCCAAUUCAUCAAUAGUGGAACCACUCAGAGUUGUCCAAGUACCACUUGUGGUCACUUAACAUGUCGAUAUUCUCACGGUUUAUGUUCUGGGACCGGCGUGGCUGCUUUGGAUGGAACAAGUUGCGGAACAAAUAAGUGGUGUCUGGAAGGAAAUUGCGUGGACAUACCAAGUAACAAUCCACCCUCUACAACACCGGUCAAUGGUGGCUGGUCAGCAUGGUUCGAAGGUCCAUGCUCUGUCACAUGUGGUCAAGGUAUUCGAACUAGAACAAGGCUGUGCAAUAAUCCAGUUCCUCAGAAUGGUGGUCUACCUUGUGUUGGAUCAGAAACUGAUACUCAAUCUUGUUCCGCUCAGAAUUGUCCCACUGUCGUUAAUGGGGGAUGGUCAUCUUGGCAAUCAGGUCCCUGUUCUGUGACAUGCGGUGGUGGACAACAGACAAGGACAAGAACGUGUACUAAUCCUGUUCCUGCAAAUGGUGGUACUCCCUGCAGUGGAAGUGAUACUCAAAUCAUCAGUUGUAACACACAGAACUGUCCCAAUGUUGUGAAUGGGGGAUGGUCAUCAUGGCAGAACCAAGGCUCAUGUUCUAGAACUUGUGGAGGUGGGCAGCAGACACAGAUAAGAAGCUGUAAUAAUCCUCUUCCUCAGAAUGGUGGUGCUUAUUGCAGUGGUAGUAACAUCCAAUCCGUUAGCUGCAACACACAGGACUGUCUCAUUGUUGUGAAUGGAGGAUGGUCGUCAUGGCAAACCCAAGGUUCCUGUUCCAAAACUUGUGGAGGUGGGCAACAGACACAAACAAGAUCUUGUAAUAACCCUCUUCCACAGAAUGGUGGUGCUUACUGCCAGGGAAGCAGCUUUCAAAUAAUCAGCUGUAAUGUGCAGCCAUGUCCAACUGUGGUUCAUGGAGGCUGGUCAGAUUGGUCCUAUUCCCUUUGCUCUCGAUCUUGUGGAGGAGGAACUCAAGUACGAACAAGGACUUGCACAAAUCCGAUACCACAGAAUGGUGGAUCUCCAUGCUCUGGGAGUAACUAUCAAAGUGGAAUACAGUGCAACGCACAGGCCUGCGCUGUAGAUGGUGGAUGGACAACCUGGGGAGAAUAUAGUCAGUGUUCAGCUUCCUGCGGUUUCGGUCAGAGGACUCGACAUCGGACGUGCACCAAUCCAGCCCCAGGGGCUGGGGGCGCUCCUUGUUCAGGGCCCAAUUUUGAAACCGUUCAAUGUGGUAAUGGACAGGGAUGUCCAGUGGAUGGUGGAUGGUCGGCAUGGCAACCCUAUGGUCCUUGUUCAGUGACUUGUGGUACUGGGCAAAAAAUGCGAACUCGGACCUGUACCAAUCCACCACCUGAGCAUGGAGGCCAAACUUGCACAGGCUCAAGUACAGAGUAUCUUCAGUGUAGUAAUGCACAGGCAUGUUCUGUUCCUGUGAAUGGUGGCUGGUCAGCAUGGCAACCAGUUGGUGGUUGUUCAGUGACUUGUGGUGGUGGUGUACAGAGUCGAACUCGGACUUGCACCAACCCAAUCCCUCAGAAUGGUGGUCUGCUAUGCUCUGGUCCUUCAACAGACAGUCAGCCUUGUAACACACAGAGCUGUCCAACAUCGGAUCAGAUCGUUAGUGGUACAUUCAACGAAGGAACUCAUGGAGAGUACAAUGAGUUUCUGACGAUCCCUGUGGGUUCAACAUCUGUUGUUAUCAGCAAUGCAAAUGUGGUUACUCAUAUGGCAAUCAAAGACGGCAAUGACUUUGUUCUGGGCGAGGUAGUUGGUAAUACGCUGCCACCAAGAAGGAUCACAGAACUGUCUUACCAUGGGACAGUCAUUGUGCAUGAUUACUUUGUCACCUCUGUGUCUGCUGAGACCAUCACCAUAGCCGGUCCCACGACUGUAGAACUCAAGGUCUACGUUCAUGUGCUGUUAGAUCCUAAUGUGUUUGGCACGCAAGGAGUGCCAGAUAUCAGUUGGUCAUUCCAGUCACCCAGUGUUGAGUACCAGUGGACCCUGACUCCAGGCCCAUGCAGUGUGACCUGUGGUACAGGUGUUCGGACAGAUGUGGUGCGUUGUGUUCUCAUUUCCAACCAGCAGCAGUACGUGUCUCAUGAUGAAAGUGUCUGCAGUCACUUACCCCGUCCAACACCCACUGUUGAGAGCUGCAACGAGGCUCCAUGUCAGGAGGCAAGAUGGUAUGUUGGUCAGCUAGACUGCUCAGGUUUAUGUGGACAAGCUCUGGGGCAACGUGGCGUCUACUGUAUCGCUUUAUCAAGUGCCAACUUUUGGCAGAUAGUGGACGAGUCUAAUUGUCCAGCAGAGAAUAAGCCAUCUGCCACUGCACAGUGUCAUGGUCUGCCUCCAUGUCAAACAGAUAACCAGGAGAUUUGUAAUACUGUUGUGACAAGCCAAGGUUCUAUCAAUCGUAUGAUCAGUCCAACUGGAGGAGAACUUUGUGGAUACACCAUUGUUGCACCUGCUGGAAUGGUGGUCAUCAUGCAGUUUGUGGACUUGGACAUUGCAUGUGAUCAAGGUGAGGAGUUGGUCGUUAAGGAUUCUUAUACUUCAAAGGUGGACCUAUGUGAUGUGACCAUCAGUCCUGGUACUUCUAAAGUAUCAAGCUCCAACGUGGUACAAAUUGAACACAGGACAACUCAAGCUGGCCAUGGAUAUAACAUCAUAUACAGCUUUACCUCCUACCGACAAAACUCAAGUUGCGAUGAGAUUUUACUAGACAGUACUGGGACCAUCCAGAGCCCUGGUUAUCCCAACAACUACCCCAACAAUAGACUGUGCAAGAAGUACAUCAUUGCUCCAGCCGACAUGAAGAUUGUGAUUUCCUUUAAUACUUUGAGCCUGUAUGGCCUGUGUUGGAGGUCUUCACCCCUGUUCUACGAUUAUCUCACUAUCCACGACUACGAUAAAACUACCUACCGUUGGUUUUGUGGAACCUGGAAUGAUCCAUCGCAACACAAUUACGAAUCAGAAUCUAACAGAGUCAGAGUUACCUUCAGAAGUGACUUCUUUUAUUCUGACCAAGGCUUCCAAGCCACUUAUUCCUUUGUCCCAAAGAACUGAUUUGGUUUUUAUUGCUUAAAGUUCAGUUAAGUUUGGCCAAGAAAUGUCACAAAAUGGACUCUACCUUUAAUCACUGGAAUGUUUUAUUAGCUUUCUUCCUACCGAGGUAACCAACAAUACAUUGUGAAAUGUGGACUUUUUUAUUUUGGGAGAUGCACUUAGUUUGUCCUUGUUAAUUUUCCAAGUAAAGUUUGUUAGGAACAAGUUUACCAUGAAAAAUUAUACAGUUAGAAGCUGGAUUCAUAUUUGGUAAUAGAAUCGUUGGGGUGAGGGUGGUGGAAGGGUUGUUUUCAGUCUUAGCUUUGUGAUAAUGAGGUUCAAGAUUUUAGGCAUACAACCUGGCGGCUACUUUGUAGCCAUGCGUCCUUCAGGAGAAUGCGUAGAGAGUAAAUCUGUACUGGUGUGCACUGUUGGCAUUUGGCAACAAGCAUUGUCAUUAUUGUUAGCAAAUCCUGUCACAAAACAUCAAAAAGUUCAGCAAAUGUUGCUCUUAUACAUGAAGCUAUUAUUUAUGGGAACUAUACAAAGACUCAUUUAUUUAUUUAUUUAUCAAUUCUAAACACUGUGUUUUCUACAUAGUUUUCAUAUUGUGAGUUAGCCAAAACAAUGGUACUAAGUCAGGUGUAUAGAGAGUGUUGCUGGACAACACAUUACUGCAUGUGUAAGUUAUUGAGUUAAGUAGAAAUAUCUAAAUACUUUUGACUUGAUGUUUUGUCUUUUCACUCAUAUCGAUAUUGAUGUCUUUAACUGUGCUUCUUUUACCAACCUUGUGCUUGGGGAUAAAAAUAAGACUAGUGAAGUGGCAGGCAGGUAUUAGGCCAAGUUGGUAUUGACUUAAGAAUCUAAGGCCAUUUGUCAGCAAAGGCUUGGCCAUUUUUAUCACUGGAACACACUACACUGGCUAGCCAUAGCCAGUCAGAGAAGUGGCAGAUGUAUCAAAUGGUAGGGUUGUGGUGAUCACUGAUUAACCAGAUUGUGCCAGGAAGUUUUAUUGCCUGGGAACUUGCAUUCUUUCAGUUUAUCUCACAGAAUUAGGUGUUCCCUUUCUGACUUGAGAAUCACAAAUCACUGGGAAAGACCAUUUAAGUUAAUGCACACUUACUAGUGUGACAUGUACAUGUAUCAAGUAUGCAGUUUGAUUUUAGGUCCUAAUUUAUGAUAAUUUAAUGUUUGACUAUCAGGCUGGUCCUGUUUAUUGCAAAAUAAAACCAGUUUUAAAAAGA